CAGGUUCCUGGGCGAACGCGCUCCUAAUAUCGCCCCCGGCAUGCAUGCGCAUGCGGCAGCGGGAGUGAGCGACGGUUCGCAUUCGCCAGUUCCCAAGUCCUUUGUGGCGUCGGCCGCUCUUGGCAUUGCAUGCAGGCGCCCUCAGAAGACACCACGAAGCUCAAGCUUCACGCCGGUGUUCCUGAAACCACUGGUUCACGUUGCCCGCAUUCCGUUUACAGUCCAAUGCGAGAGACGUGCUACACCGAUUUAGCUCCGUUGUCUGUCUCUGCAAAGGUCCGAUCGUGGACAAUGGCCGCUCGUAGUGAUCAGGUGUGGUGCAAUUGGAUGGGCGUACCGCAGCUGCGUCAAUCGCGAGGUUUGGCUCGAGCGCCUUGCUGUCCAUAUGACUGAAGUGUAUUAUUGUAGAGACGGUGAUAGCUACCGCAUCCCACGACUCUGUCGGGAUAUGGUCAGCACGCGGGGUCCGUAAGGGUCCGUACAGCCAUCGGUGUGAAAGAAGGCUGCUUAACGUCGGACGAUAUUCCCUCGUUAUCGCGAUACGAAAUAUCCGAUGCAAGUUGACUUGCUUCGAACCCCCUGUGCUCCUCCUUCGCAGAUGUCGUCUCGGUUCGAUGAG